UCAUGCCCAAACCACGCCUUUUAAAACAAUGGCGGAAGAGGAGAGAAAGAAGCUUGAAUUCAUGGCUGCUGUUAAAUUAGUCCCACCUGCUGUAUUGGAAGAGAUUCAUAGAAGACAGAUGGUCUGUAGAGCUGAGCUUGGUAAUUGGUGGGAAAGACAACACAGUAAGGAUUUUUGUCUUGUUCCUAUUAAUCAAGGGAGCUGGUCCUCCUCUGGUGAUAAGCCAGGCCAGAGCAGCGAGUCUGUGCAUGCAGUAGAUAUUAACGAUGUCCCCACUCCAGAUUAUGCUAUUGAAAUAACAUCACAGGAUUAUUGUUCAACGAAUUCAUCUGGUCAAGUGAAUAAUACAAACGGGAUACCAUACUUCAUGACAACAUCGUAAAAUUAUUUUACAAACUAAUGUUCCUCUCAAAUUUAAACUUUUAUUUUGUUACUGAUACCACCACUUUUUUAUCAUUAUCUUUCUUAUUUUUGCUAAGAGCCUUUUUUUGUCUGA